AUGGCAAACAUUUCAUCAACAACUCUAAUUCUGGUGGAUCUUCUACUAUGUGUUUCAGCAGCCAUGGCAGCAAGAACAAAGCUGCCUGCUGCUGCAGGUGAAAACUUUAGCAUAUGCAAAUCAAUGGUGGAGACCCAAGGAUAUAUCUGCCAAGAACAUAAUGUAACAACUCCAGAUGGUUAUAUUAUUGGCUUGCAGAGGAUUUCAGCGGCUAAAAAUAAGAUAACAAAUUAUCCCCCAGUUUUAUUACAACAUGGAAUCUUUGCGGAUGCUGUUUCAUGGAUAUUGGGUUCCCCUGAUGAAUCAUUGGCGUUCAAGUUGGCGGAUGAUGGAUUCGAUGUGUGGCUUGCCAACACUAGAGGGACGUUAUCUAGCAAAGGGCACAUUUCACUUACUCCUAAAGAUCCAGCUUACUGGGAAUGGUCAUGGGAUGAACUGGCUGCAUACGAUCUUCCAACUUUCGUCGGGUAUGUGAACAAUCAAACAGGGCAAAAGCUGCAUUAUGUAGGGCAUUCCUUGGGAACUUUGACAGCUUUAUCUGCUUUCUCUCAUGGCAAAUUGUUAAAUAUGUUAAGAUCAGCGGCAAUGCUAAGCCCAAUUGCUUAUCUGGGUCAAAUGUCUUCACUGCUUGGAAGGACUAUUGCUGAACUAUUUUUAGCAGAGAAUCUGUACGUGAUAGGUGUCCGCGAAUUCAUUCCAAAAGCGAACGAUGUAGGAAAACUUUUGGAUGUUGCAUGCAGCAAAUUGGGAAUUAGCUGCUCCAACCUAUUGACUCUUUUCACAGGCCCAAAUUGCUGCGUCAAAACUUCCACAAUAGACGCUCUUCUCCAGCACGAACCUCAGCCGACUGCAACGAAGAACAUGAUGCACCUGGUCCAGAUGGUCAGAAGGGGAACUAUUACAAAGUUUAAUUAUAAUAAUAUCGCUCAGAACCUGAAGCACUAUGAGCAGGCUACUCCUCCAAAGUAUAACAUGAGAAGCAUCCCAAAGAAUUUUCCUCUUCUGCUCAGCUACGGAGGAAAGGAUACACUUUCCGAUGUCAAUGACAUGCAGGUUUUGCUAGACGACCUCAGAGACCAUGAUGCAGACAAGCUGGUUAUUCAGUAUAGGGAAGAGUAUGCUCAUCUAGAUUUUAUCAUGGGAACCAAUGCUAAUAGAAUUGUGUUUGAUCCUCUGAUAGCCUUCUUCAAGCUCCAUUAA